AUGGCGCCGCUUCCACGCACCGCCCCCACGCUGGGUUCGUUCGCCGAGCUACACCGUCGCUCGACUAGCUCGGCGCCCCAGUUCGGCUCGGGUGCUAAACCCGCUUCGGAAUUCAACAACAAAGGCUUUCUCGCGCUCUUCGCCCUCAUCGGCGCUGGCAUGGUCUUGGGCUCCAUCUGGUUCUUCUUCUGGGCCAAGAACGGUGGCUUCAGAUGGCGCGGAAAAGAUGACUGGGAUGACUACAAGAGCACCGUCCUGAGACGCAAGGGUCCUGAUGGCCGAACCCUCAGUAAUGCUACGAAGAGUACCAAGCUCGGCGGCGGAAGCGUCGUUCAUGGAGGCACUUACGGCGCUCCGACAUCCGUCGGCUACAGCGACACGACUUCCUCGGUCGACGAGAAAGACCAAGUACGUGCUGGCGAAGGCAUCCGCGGCGGAGGAGGCAGACGCCACAAGCGCCGCAAGGGAAACGAUCCUGAGCUUGCAGAGUACCGCCACGAGAAGGCCGCUCGCGUGGGAGGUAUCAAUCGCGCAAGCGAUGGCGCCUACUUCGAUUACUCCAACACUGAACCUUCUGAGAUCUCUGAGCGGCCACUUGUAGCGGAAAGCCCUAACAAUAAGAAGAAGGCCAAGAAGGAGGCUGAGCAGCGUGAGAAGGAACGCAAGCAUGCCGCCAAGGAGGCCGCCAAAAGAGAAAAGGAAGAGGCUGCCAAAGAGAAGAAGCGGGAAAAGGCUCUGGCGAAGGAGAAGAAGAAGGACAAGGGCAGGAAAGAACGGUCUCGUUCCCCCGUCAAGGCAGAGCCUGAGAGGGUUCAGACGCCUCCCCGCCGUUCUGCUCCCAGCAAUGCCUACUCCUUCACCCAAGGCGAUGACCGGACCGAGACUGCCACGAGCUAUACCGGCGGCUACACGGCCACCGAAAUAUACUCGGACGCCUACACCAAUCCUUCGAACCAGGACUCUUACUACUCCUCAUACCGCCCCCACGCUUCCACGAACCUGCCUCGCCCUCCGCCUGCUGCCCGCUCGUAUGAGUCGCCGCGUCAUUCGACCCGUGACUCGCCCCGGCAUUCGAACCGUGACUCGCCGCGUCACUCGAACCGCGACUCCCCCGGCCGCUCUCGUCAAUCCAGCCCCCGCAAGCACCACCGCUCGUCUCACUCCCACAGCCGUCACCAGAGCAGGUCCAGGCCCAACUCUCACAGUGACCUGUCUAGCGACACUGGAACCAAGGCCUACCCAUGCCACAUCCCCGGACUGAGUGCGCCGACGGUUGUGCCCGAGGAAAGCAUCAGCCAGGUGGGAAUGAACAGGCCGCGCAGAGGCCGCGAUGUGAUGGAUGGGUACAGAAGGAGCCGUGCGAGGGGAAGGAGGGACAGCCUGAGCGACUCUGACAAUGACUACUGA